GAAUUCAGCGUAGGAGUGUUGAAAUGUAGGAUUACACUAUGUACACACUAUGCAAGUUAUGUGGAUAUACCCUUAACGUAUUACGUAUUCUCCACUCGGAAUGAAUGACAAUGUGAUGUGAGCGCGUGCGACAGCUUUAUUUUGACAAAAAUAAAGAUUCUUUCAUUUCGUGCAAAAUCGCGUCGAAUGAACAUAAUUUCAUCGAAAUGAAACGAAGGUGAGAGGUGUGUUCUGAAUAAUCAUCGAAGAAAAAAUAUAUUGUCUCAUCCAGCAUCAAAGGUUGGGAUUUGGGAUUGAUGCAAGUUUAUACUCGUGCAUAUUGUUCUGCAAAAGUCUAAAAGAAUGGCCGAAGAAGAAAAAGCUGUUCCUUCAUCUAUGACUCAGUGCUAUGAAAAUUAUAUUAUAGUUGACGUGGGUGCCAAUCUAACGAAUAAGAAGUAUAGUCGAGAUUUGGAUAGUGUAAUACAAAGAGCGAAGGACGCCGGUGUACAAAAGAUUAUGGUAACCGGUGCUAGCAUUCGUUCUAGUAAAGAGGCGCUGAGACUGACCAGAAUAUAUCCCGGGACACUUUAUUCAACCGCCGGCGUGCAUCCACACGACGCCAAGUCUUGGGAGGAACCAAAUACCUUGCGUGAAUUGGAAGGUAUAGCCAGUAAUCCAGAAUGCGUUGCGAUCGGAGAAUGUGGUUUAGACUACAGCCGUGAUUUCUCAGCUCCGGAGGCGCAGCGCACUGUAUUUCACAAGCAAAUAGAAUUAGCCUGUACAUUAAAUAAGCCACUAGUAAUACAUGAAAGAGGCGCGCAGAAGGACGUAUUAAAAGUUCUUGACCAGUAUAAGAAUCGUCUGCCGCCUAUUUUGAUUCACUCCUUUAUCGGCACUGCGGAAGAGGCACAGAUUUAUUUGGAUCAAGGCUUUUAUCUAGGCAUCACGGGCUAUCUGUGCAAAGAUAAAUCCGAUAGUGGAGUUAGACAAUUGCUGGAAGGAGGGCGAGCACCAUUAGAUAAGAUUCUAGUGGAAACUGACGCGCCAUUUAUGUAUCCAAAUACCAGAGCCAGUAAAUUACCCGUGCACGUGAAAGAUGCUUUAACCGAACGGUCUAUGACGUUUCUUCAUCGUUACUGCACUUUCCAACGUAACGAACCAUGUGCCUUGCCAGCAAUCGUGGAAAUGGUAGCGGCGUUUAUGCGAAUCACGCCAGAACAAGUCGCGCUGGCUACCGCUUUCAACGCUUUAAAAUUAUUUGGUUUAAAUCAAUGAUAACAAUACUUACAAUUUCAGAGUUUAAGUUUAAGUUGUGCAUAAGAUGCUAUAUGACAAUGGAAUUAGAUUUUAAAAUAAUAAGUAUAAAGCUUUAUCUGGAACCAUAAUACGUAGGCUGCUGGAAAAGUUUCUGCAAUCUAAUACUUCUAAUGGCGCCAACAUUCUGCUACUAUCAUAUCUAUAAAAUUAGACGUUUUUAACCUAUAAUUCAGUUGACAGUUUGUAUCCAAACUAGUUUUGUUUGUAUAGUAUUUUAAAAGAAGUUAUUUUAUGAGAAAAUGGAAAUUUCGCGUGAAAAUUUUCGGGCAAUGAUUUUUUACGAUUACAAAUGUAAUCUAAUUUCGAAACAAUGCAUCGAUCGAUUUCAUUUGGCUUUUGGGGAUGAAGCACCAUCCCAAUCAAUAGGACUGUUUAUAAUUGAUUUGCCGAGUUCCAGCGUGGACGUACCUUUCUUUGUGACGAAUUCCGUGAAGGUCUGUCCAUCCAUGUCUGUUGUUGCCACUAAUGUUGAUGCUGUGCGUGAAAUGAUUGAGCGAGACUGGCAUAUGACAUACCGCGAGAUUCAGGCAUCCUUAGGCAUUGAUAUGAAAGCAAUACAUACGAUUUUGCAUGAUCACUUGAGCGUACGGAAACUUUGCAGUCGUUAGAUCUCACACAAUUUGACCGAAGCUCAAAAAUAGGCUCAUGUUAAAUGGAGCAAAGAAAUGUUCAAGAAAUUCAACCGAGGUUGAUCAAAUUUGGUCUACAAUAUCGUUACUGGGGACGAAAUAUGGAUCUAUUCGUAUGAGUAAAGUAAACAAUCCACUUUGAGUAUUUCAAAAUGAACCGAAACCAACAAAAGUUGUUCGAUCACGCAGUGCUGCCAAGCAAAUGAUUGCUUGUUUCUUCAAUUAUACUCGACAUGUGGCUUUAGAGGAUCGAAAGACUGUAAAUACUGAUUGGUAUACAACACUUUGUUUGCCAGAAGUCAUAAAUGAAUUGCGUAGAACAAUCCGAAAUCGUCGCAUCAUCCUUCAUGGCAACGCCAGCUGUCACACAGCACGUCAAACCGUUGAUUUUUUAUCCAGUAAAAAUGUCAAAUUGAUGACUCAUUGUCCGUAUUCAUCUGAUUUAUCACCUAAUGACUUCUUUUUGUUCCCAAACAUUAAAAAGAAGAUGCGUAGUGAGCGAUUUGAGUCGCCUGAAGCAGUUGUUGAAACAUUUCGUACACUGAUUUCUGAGGUUACAGCCUCAGAGUGGAAAAAAUGCUUCGAAAAUUGGUUCGAGCGU